UUGAGAAUGACGUCACGCAUUCGGUCAUGCUGAAGUGGUUAUGCAAGCAGAAUCGGCUGGAUGAGGCGGAGGAGUAUUUGAGAAGAUUGGUGUCGCAGGGGAAGGCCAACGGGUCUCAAGUUGGGGUUCUUGUUCGUGCGCUUUGUCAGCAUAAGAAUUUCAAGCAUGCUGCGAAGCUGAUGAAUGAGUUUCAUGACUUGGAGGUGGUUUUGAUGGGGAGGGCUUAUGCAGUGUGGAUUGGAGAUCUUGCUAAGGCGGGGAGGUUAGAUCAGGCAUUGGAGUUUUUACUGAGUAAGCAGUCGUUGGAAGGGUAUGUUCCGGAUGUUUGUAGGUAUAAUAUUUUGAUUAGUGAACUUUUGAGGGAGGCUAGACUUGAGGAGGUUUGUGAUCUCAUUUUGGAGAUGAAGGAGCGUGAGGUUUCACCCGAUACGGUCACUAUGAAUGUUGUCUUAUGCUUCUUCUGCAAAGUGGGACUGCUGGAUAUUGCGGUUGAAUUGUAUAAUUCAAGGUCCGAGUUUGGGCUCACCCCCAAUAGCAUGGCUUACAAUUAUUUGAUCAAUACUUUCUGCGGGAAUGGCAGUGCGGAUGAGGCAUACAAAAUGCUGGAAUGUUCUCUUGACCAAGGUUAUUUUCCAGGCAGGAAAACAUUUUCUAUAUUGGCAGAUGCUCUGUGUAGAGAGGGAAAGCUUGAUAAGAUGAAGCAGUUGGUUCUUUUUGCUUUAGAGCGGAAUCUUAUGCCGAGUGGUUCCACCUAUGACAAGUUCAUUGCUACUCUUUGCAGGACUAACAGGGUAGAUGAUGCUUAUUUGAUAUAUGAGCAACUUAUUAGAAUAAGUGAAGCAAGUUUAGUUUGUAGAGAGAGUACGUACAUCAGCUUGAUAAACAGUUUUUGCCAGGUAAAUAAGGGUGAAAUUGCUGCUAGACUUCUGAUUGAAAUGCAACAACAUGGUCACUUAGCAAAUCAUAAGGUGUUCCGAGAUGUAAUUUGCUCUUUAUGUAAUACGGAAAAUCCAGACAAUCAAUUUAUGACCUUACUGGAGAUGCAGUUGUCUUGCCAGAAAGGUACUACUCGGAUAUACAAUUACUUCAUCUAUGGAGCUGGGCAUGCCAGAAGGCCUGAUUUAGCUAGAAAAGUAUUACAGAUGAUGCAGCAGAGUGGGAUUGUAGCUAAUUUGAGAACUGAUGUUCUUAUGUUGCAUAGUUAUUUGAAGAAGGAAAAAUAUUCGGAUGCUUUGAACUACUUCAAUGAUCUGCGUCAGAGAAGAAAUUUAGGGAGAAGACUUUACAGCCUAAUGAUCAUGGGUAUGAGCAAGGCUAGAAAGCCAGAUUUUGCACUUGCGUUGCUUGAGGAAAUGAGAGAGAAGGGAAUUGUUCCAAGCAAUAACUGCUAUGAGUUUCUUAUACAGUCGCUCUGCUGGAAUAAUGAAUACGAUACAGCAGUAAGCCUCAUUAACGACUUAGAGAAAGUUGGCCGCCAGAUUACAUCUUUUAUUGGCAACAUACUUCUUCUAAAUUCCUUGAAAAGUCAAGAGCUCUACAAGGCUUGGGUUCGUCUAAGAGACUUGCAAAUUGGAAUCUCUGAUAAUUCAAUCCUUGGUCUGCUUAUUGGUGCAUUUUCUGGUCGUAUUUGGGUGAGCCAACAGAUUGAGAACUUGGAAGAAGUAAUUGCUAACUGUUUUCCGCUAGAUGUGUACACAUACAAUUUGUUACUUAGAAAUUUCACUAAUAGCAACAUGGACCAUGCUUGUGCAUUAUUCUAUAGGAUGUCCCAGAAAGGGUAUGAGCCCAAUCGAUGGACUUAUGACAUCUUAGUACAAGGUUUUCUUAAGCAUGGGAGGACAGACGAGGCAAACUUAUGGCUAAAAGCUAUGUAUGAGAAAGGUUUCAGUCCAACUGAGCAAAGGAUGCGAUUUGAUUAACUGGGAUUCCUUAUUGUCAGUCCAAGGAAUUUAUUUCCCCUUCAUUGAAGUCUCUAUUACGAGCUUGCUGUGGGAAAUAUUGUGAAGCGAGUUUUUCACAUUACUAGGGAGGAGAAUAUUUCUCUCACUGCAGCUGCUGGGCCUAUGGCUGGGUUUAGCUUAUCAAUGUUAGUGAUGAUGAAGAUGGCGGUGAGCGCGACAACUUUGCCGUUCUAUCUGCUGCUGUAGUUGCAGCAGCUGCAAGAAGCACACUGGGUCCGCCUUCCUUGCAAUCCCUUUUUGAAAACAUACCUGAUGCUGCUAUCACUCAGAUUUCUUCACCUGGCGAUGAUUCUGAAGGAAAAACUGUUGAUAAAAGUUCUAGAAGCUGGAAGCUGAAGCAUGAUGAUGCAGGACAAGAUGUCUUUGAUGCAGUCGAUGAGCUUAUUGAGAUAUUGGCACUUGCCAUGAAUAGACAGCAGAGCACUUGGAGCACAUUCACCAUACUAUUUUCUCCUAGUCUUGACUAUUAACUUUUCUGGACUGUCACUAGUGUGUAUCUUCUUUUACAUGUAGAAGCUUUUGCAGUCAUAUCAUCUCAAUUUUUGCCCUGAAGAUAUACAUACAUAUGUAUACUA